AUGUCCGCGAGACGCGGUGGCAACAACGGGAUGCGGCGGCACGCGGACGGGGCGGCACAGCAAACGUGGCAGAAGUGCGAGAGAAGAGGGGAAGUGGUAAACGUAGUGAGAGAACAGGGAAAUAUGGCAUUUGCAGGAACAACUCAGAAGUGCAUGGCUUGUGACAAAACAGUUUACCUGGUUGAUAAGUUAACUGCGGAUAACCGAGUGUUCCAUAAGGCUUGCUUCAGAUGCCACCACUGCAAAGGAACACUCAAGCUUAGCAACUAUAACUCUUUUGAGGGAGUUCUUUACUGUAAGCCACACUUCGACCAACUGUUCAAGAGAACUGGUAGUCUUGACAAAAGCUUCGAAGGGACACCAAAAAUUGCUAAACCGGAAAAAACUGGCGAUGAGAAACCUGCAUCAACCAAAGUCAUAAAUAUGUUUGGUGGAACCAGAGAUAAAUGUGCCGGUUGUCAGAAGACAGUGUAUCCCACUGAAAAGGUCACUGUGAAUGGAACUCCUUAUCACAAGAGUUGUUUCAAAUGCACUCAUGGCGGGUGUGUUAUUAGUCCCUCCAAUUACAUUGCACACGAUGGCAAACUCUACUGCAAGCACCACCACAUCCAAUUGAUCAAGGAGAAGGGAAAUUUAAGCCAGCUUGAAGGUGACCAUGAGAAGAGUGCAAUUCAAGAGAAAACCAACGGUGAAGUAGUUGCAGCUGAGACAUGA